UAAGCAGAGCCCACCAAUGAAAUCUGCGAUUUGAAACAGCAACUGAACGGAAGUUUACGUUCUCGACGCUAGCUGAAGCUAACAACAGCUUUCUACUUUUUUGACCGGGUAUUUAAACAUAACGCAGAGAUGGUUUGUGAAAAAUGCGAGAAGAAGCUCGGGAAGGUGAUCACUCCUGACACCUGGAAGGAUGGAGCCCGGAAUACCACAGAGAGUGGAGGGCGUAAACUGAACGAAAACAAGAUGUUGACAUCUAAGAAAGCCAGAUUUAACCCUUACAGCAAGACAGGAUUUGCUAUCUGCAGGAUCUGCAAGAGCUCGGUCCAUCAGGCUGGCUCUCACUACUGCCAGGGCUGCGCUUAUAAGAAAGGAAUCUGUGCAAUGUGUGGAAAGAAAGUUUUGGACACCAAGAACUACAAGCAGACAUCUGUGUGACAACAUGUUGAUCAGAGAGCAGCUCUACGAGUGUGAAACUGACUGUGAAGACGUUUAGUGAUAACUUCAGUCUGCUUCAUUGUAGUUAGUCCUGCUGGAACUAUUCUACAACCAGAAGCAAAAAAAUUGAUUUCAAGUUAUCCCCUGUUUCUAAAGUCUUGACUUACAGACACUUUGUAUAUAUAUAUAUAUUAAUUCAGUACCUAAACUUAGCUUAUUGGCUGUUUAAAACCUGGUUGUCCUGCAUUGUAAUAUAUUCUGUGCUGAAUUUAAGUGAAUCAGAGCUUCAGAUUUGAGCAGGUGUGGUAAGGUCAGUUUUUAUUUAUGCCUUCAGGCACAACAAAAUAUAAUUUUAGCCUCUUACGCACA